CUAAACAAUGAUAAUGAACAUAAAAUAACAAAGUGCGAUUAUCUAUGAACUUGAUAAGCUUAACCGAUAAGUUUAUCUUACAAAAAGAUUAUCAAAGGCGCAUGCGUGUGCGUGUGUAUGAUUCGGUCAGUCAAAUAAGUUGUUUGAUAGAAUCUGCGAUCCAAUGUAGCGUCUUCUUUCUUUCUUUUUGGGGUGGAUCGGUGGGGCGAGGUUGACUUUGCCUUUCGUCUUUUUGGAUUUGAUAAAAUAAGUAGCCGUUUAGCACUGGGAUCAAUGUAAUCGAUUUAGCUUCUCCCCCGAAAUUGCUGGCCUUGUGCCAAAAUUUGAAACCAAUAUUUUCAUAGACAUGAACUAAGUUGGGCGGGAGUAUCACAAAUAUUCAAAAAAUAUUGUUGUAUUUCGGGACGGUGUUUUUUUUUUGCCAAAUAAACACACGCACUUUUCAUUCGUUCUUCACUCGUUCAUUACAGUGCACAGAUGUGUGACGAAAGAUUUCUGGACAAUGGACAUGAGUUAGAAUAAGAACAGUAAUAAACGAGGGAAGAACGAAUAUGUAGGGCGUGUGUUUAUUUGGCAAAAAAAGUAACCAUCCCGAAAUACAACAAUAUCUGUUUCAGCACACGGUUUCGCAACAGGAAUCUUACAACACAAAUUCAUUAAAAAAAAAACAAUUCCGGGUAAAACAUAAGUCUUCACAGAACAUUCGAGUCUAUAACCAAAUUUGAACAAGCCCUGCUUCCUCCGAUUCUAAUGUAGUUCUUUCUCGACUCCACCCAUCAAAGCUCGUAUUUGCCUUUCAUGAUUUCCUCCUACAAGUUUUGCUAUUAAUCAAAAACUGCCAAUACCAGCCAUUGACUGCGUGUGUUACAAAUACACUGAAUGUUUUAUAUAAAACACCUCGCCACUCAACUACCAUUGUUUAUAUUGUAAAGAGUUUGUAUUUCCUCGAUUGAAAAUUCAACAACACUCCUCCAAAGAUGGGUUUGUGUGAGAAACUCUUCACCAUACCAUUGCGUAUUGUGUGUGUCAUUUUGCUGAUUAUUCAAAUGGGAUUUCUAGACGUUUAUUUGUCUACAUACAUCAACAAACUAUGGUUGAUAUGGAUUAUCGCUGACGUUGUUACAGUGGUGUUAUUUAUUACAGUGUUGGUUUUUUCAUACAUUUCCAGUCACAGAGAAAACUUUGAACCACAUUCCUUCCAAGUAAUUUCAAAAGCAGGAAAGCUUCCUCUUAUUUAUAUUGCUUGGGGAGUUUAUUCCAUUGUACUUUUUCUAAAAGUUUUAUUUUGCUUCGAGAACUUUGCUGCCAAACUAAGCAUACAGGAUUAUUGGGGUCCAAAUACCCUAAAAUUAACGCUUGCACUUUCUGCUCCGCUCUUUCUAAUUUAUUUGCUGUGUCAGAUCAGCACCACUCCAAACAAUGAGAAUAGGAGAUAUAUUGACAGAUUAACAUCAGGUGUUACCUUUGACAUUUUUGACACAGUUGACAUUUUGGACAUCCUCUUUGUUAAACAGUCCAAAGUACUUCUGACAUUUGCAAUGACUAAAACCAUCUUAGGUUUCUCUUUGAUUAAUAUAUUUAUGCCUUUAAUUCCUCUAUUUCUUGUUAGUCACUCGCAUUAUGGUAAAAUCAAAUUAAGAGACUCUUUCAUGAACCUUUACCGCAUUUUAAUGAUAGUGAUUAUCAAUGUUCCAUAUUUGGUUAUUCGUUUACGCUUGAUCCAUUUCUAUGGGCACAAUAUGUCUAUAUUCCUGAUUAAGAAUUUCCUUUCAAUCUUUGUUACAUUUUAUGAUAUUUAUGAGAAAAAACAACUGGAAAGGUUGGAAAAAGCAUCUGCCAAAGCUGCUUCCGAAACUGCUGCUGAGGGUACUGCUCUUGAAGAACGGGCUUAAAUGAAUGCCUGCAUAUAUAUAAGGCCAAAGUCUGUUACAGGAUUUGCGUUUGUCUCAGAAAGAAGCAUUUCCUGUACAGAAACACUUGCUCCACUAAAAUAUAGGGAAAAAUCAAAGACAAACAAAACAAAAAAUACCAUGGAAAAGUUACUGCAAAAUACAACAAAAACAAAGAAACUAUGACUGGUUUCUCUGUGAUAACAAUUUUGCUAAUGUUGACACAAAAUGGUGGAUCCUUCUUUGGAACCUGAUUUCAUAAAUUGAGUUAUUGUAUUCGUUCCGAGAUAUUUCAUGUUCUAUUUCAUGGUUAGGAACUGUGACUUUUGAGACAUUUAAGAGUAACCUUUUACAGGAAGUGUUAAAUCUGUGUUUGCAUGCAUGAAACAAGUGUAUUUUUGUUGAUUAUAUUUUUAUAUUUAUUCUGAUAUUCUUUAAAACUCAUUACCUCUUUUGAUACCAACCAGUCUGUGACUGUCCUUCCUUCUUUGAUUCCGACUUCCUGUUUAAAGUGAUGUAAAUUAAAACUUUCCAUCAAAAUUCCAUGUUAAUUUAUUUUCCCAAUUAAUUACGACAAAGAUAUUUUAAUCAAUUCUUCAUUGCCGUAGUGGAUGACAUAAAAGACACUGCCAUAAUAGAUUAACCCCUAUUUCAGCAACACAUAUUUAGGGGGAAAAUAUUUCUAUGCAUUAAAGCUUCUGGGUGGCCUAACUUCACAUAUAGGACCCUGGGUGAUUUUUUUAAAAACAAUUUGGUGGCGGGGAAAACAGGCAUCUUAUAUACCAUCAGAUAUGAUAUUUUAAAAAUUAGUUGGAAGAAGGGAAGCAUAUUUCAAUGAAUGAGGUAACUAAUGGUUUAAAGAUCAAUUUACAUUUUUGUAUAUUUUUAUUUUAAUAUUUAUAAUUAUACUUUCACAAUAAGGUGUUAAUUAGCAGAGUAAUUAGAAUGUUGGAUAGAAUGCCUUGCAGUAUUUGUUCCAAUUUGCUAUACUUUGAGUUCAGAUCCUGCCAAGGUCAUUUAUGGAUUAAAAAGUACCAUUCUUGAGCAAUGGAUUAACAGAUUUGUUAAAGGGUUAGAAAAGAUACCUGGAAAUAUCUGUUGCAACUCUUUGUGUUCUGACAGUAACAACUGUGAUGACAUUGAUGCCAGUCUGUAUAAGCCCAAGUUGGGAUAUGAAGAGGGGACACUUGCAUACACAUCUGCAAAUCUUACCUCUGGCUGUGCAAACAUCUGCAUACUUGACUGGCUGAAACCCUUCAGAAUUUUCACAAUAAAUAUAUUUUUCUCAGAAUUUAAUAAAAUUCUCUUCAACAAAGUCUUCUCUUCUAAACUGGGAACUGUCAUGUGGCCCCUUCUACAGCAAGAAACCUGUUCUACUCUGACCCCCAUUUCUCAUACUUUAACCCCUAUUCUCCUCGCAUGAAGCUGCCUCUCUCAAGGUUCAUAGUCUUUCAGGCUACAUGAUGACCUCACUCGUGCUAGUGACAUGAGAAAAAGCACCCACCUGUAAAACAUGCAGCCUUAGAAACCAUCCCCAAAUAGGCAGUGAAGCUUGAUGUAGUCCUUGGACCCAUCAGAUCCUGUCAAACUUAUGCUAGUAUGGAAGACAGACAUUAAACGAUAUUUAAUUCUAUGAAGUCUUCAAAUAUAAGCCCUUGGCUAUUCUUUUUAAAUAAUUUAACUAUUAGCUGUAACGAUGGGAAUUCCAUAGUUUACGUGAAAUUGUAAAAUAGAAUUGUAUUUUUUUCUGAAGCAUUUGAUUUUUAAAUGUUAGACUAUUAAAACCUCUAACAACAAACUUUUAGUUUUAUUUUCUGUCACAAUAGUCUUUUCUAGAAUGUUUUAAAUCAUGUCAGUGUACAGACAUGUUAUUUGAAAUAAGCUGAUGUAUCAUGAUGUAUGUUGACAGUUGCAUCGUUUUCCACUCGUGCUCCCUUCAGUAAACACACACAUAGCAAUCCCUUUCUCCUAGCUCUCACCACUAACAUUCUUUUCUCUCUUUCCAUCUCUCCCUUCAACUGACUACAUGACAGUGUCACACAUUUGGCCUUAGCGUAUUCAUAGAUUCUAGGUUGUCUCUCCUUCCUUUUCUAGACCAUAAGUCAUUUCAAUAAUGCCUUGAUCUUACCACUAAGGUUAAUCCAAAUAUUUUGACUCACUAUAUCUAACUUAUGGUUCCCACUUUACUUCAUAAUGCAGCAACUCACUGCCAUUGUGUCCUUUUAACCAAACUUUCUGUCUCAAUAUUUUUGUUUUUUAUAUUAUUUGCUUGAAAAUUGUUUUCCAGUUUCUACAACCAUUAAACCAAUCCAAAAGCUAUUUCAUUUUGAGAUAUUUUUGUAAACAUCAUUGCUUGACUCAAAAUGUUGCUGUGACUUUUGAGAUGCUAAAUUUCUUCAGUAUUUUGUGUAUUUUUAUAAUAAAAACAAUAUUACUAAAAAUGUUUGUGGGGGAAAAAAAAAAAAAAAAAAAAAAAAA